UGUUGUCGGGAGAUUUGCGUUACUGGUUGCUGGUUUAUUUUUCUAUCGAAUUUUCCUUUAGAAUGCAGAGAAGGAGAGAGUUCACAGAAUAACUUAAAUAUAAAUAUACCUGUAAUGUUUUUACAAUUAUUAUUUAAAUCGGAGAUAUUUCUCUUCGUCUUCGAAUUUUUCUCUGUAUGUUUUCCAAUGUGCGUCGGUGGUAUGUCUUUGUUUCAUACAGACAAGUUUUAGGUGGCAAAUUCCAGGGAUCUAUCCUGUGUGAGGGCGACCUCAUUUUUAAGCGCCGAACGCCUCCAAUUAGAACUGUGGAAACAAAAUUUCUACUCUUCCGACACGUGUCGGAAGUUGGACUGUUUAGCCAAAAAGGACGCGACGCCCCCCAUGGGUGGAUAUAAAUCAAAGGGUCGAAAAGAAGUGGACGACAGGAAAGACAAGAGAUUGUUGGCAUUCGAGAAUAUCGUAAAUGGAGAAAAUGAAGAUAAAAGAAGAGUUAGAAACGAAUUAUUCGGACUUUACAAUUGAACGAAACGAAGAAAAAUUUGAAGUUGAUUUUAAAAAUUUCAAGAAAGAAUUUAACACAGAUGUGAAGUGUUAUAAAAGAAUUAAAUCCGAACCUUUAGAGAUAAAUAUUAAAGGUAAACCAAUUUACACACACAACACAAACGGAUCCACUAUUUGGAGUCAUUCUGGUUAUAAAAUCGAAACAGAUAUUAAGAAAGAGGUAGUAGAAGAGAAUUAUGAUGUAAAACAUGGUAUAAAAUCAGAAUGUAAAGUUGAUUUGAAAAAGUUGAAGAUUGAAGUAAAGAUUGAAGAUUGUAAAGAUGUUCAUCUUCCAGAUGAUAAUGAACAGAUAAUGAAUCCUUUAACACAAGAACUUGUAAAUUUUACUACAGAUAUUAAGAAAGAAGUAGUAGAAGAGAAUUGUGACGUAAAACAUGGUAUAAAAUCAGAAUGUAAAGUUGAUUUGAAAAAGUUGAAGAUUGAAGUAAAGACUGAAGAUUGUAAAAAUGUUCAUCUUCCAGAUGAUAAUGAACAGAUAAUG